AUGCUCUCCACCGCUUUCAUUCUUAUGCCCUUCCACGUUCUUCCUUCUACAGCUCCAUCUCUUUCUUCCUUCCACACAAAAGCCCUACCUCGAUCCAUUUCUCUCCGAUCUCUCCAAGGAAACAUCACCCCGAAGGAUCGUCACCCGUCGCUGGUAAUGAAAAAAUUGGAGAAAAUAUAUGUGAUUUCGAUUAACCCACCCUACGGUACUUCCACUCUUUCUUUCUGGAUGGUUCCAUUCCGUUCUCCCUCUUCGUCUCCAUCGCCUCUCCAUUUUUCUUCGUCACCGAUCGGAGCUAUCGUCUUAUCAAGCCGUGACACCAUGAAUAAGCUUAUCUACUCAUUCAUCUUCAUGGUCUUCGUUUUUUCCUCGGAAAGUGAUGUAGCUGACGUUAAUUUUGACUUUCAAGAAUCAAAAUGGCGGAACUUCUCUUCUCCUUCAAUAAGUUUGCAUGGUGAAUUUGAAUUUGAGAAUAAGUUAGUAAUUCAUGGAUUUGUUUCAGAGUUUCAAACACAUGUACACUUUCAUAUGCUGAAUUAUUUCAAGAUUCGGGUUUUUGUGUUACUAUUUCUGUGGUCGUCGUUUCCAUUGGCGAUGGAAGGGAAAUCACACCCCCUAACCCUGUGUGGGUUCCCGUUCGAUUCGGUUGGAUAUGAAACAGGGUACUCAAAAGAUGUCACAGAUUUUGGCUUUUCAUUGAACAACCAGUAA